GUGCGCUCGUCAUUUGCCGUCAUCGCGCGGAGAUAUUUGCGCUGGAUGUCUUUCACUUCGUGUACAAAACUCUGCAUGCUGCGGCAUCGAAGAAGUUGUCCUGUGUUUGGGUGCACGUAUGCGCUUGGACACGGAUAUAUCCUGCUUGCUCUCAACGGGUGUUCAACAGUCUACGUGCACUCGUAACUUGCUCAUGAGGCAAGUUGCUGUUGUGCUGGAGCUGAGAAGAGGUCUGCUGCCUGCAAUGGGUCCAUCUCUCUCAAGUUAUCGCAGUAUUGUAGCUCUCAAAGUUCAAAAAAGUAUGGUGGAAGCUGUUGCCAAGGUUCCGACCAGAAAAGACAGCCAGUAUAAAAGGGUCCACACCACUGAUCUCUACUACAGGGGAUGGACAGCACAUCGAGCACCCUCGACUGAAGCCAACCUUGUCCCGGAAGUUGGUGCUUCACAACUUUGCAGCAGCACUUCGUUUGCACGGCCUGUGGAGACAAGGUUUCUUAGACAUGGCCAUGGCCCUCAAGGAAGAUGCCGAGGCCACAGGCAGUUCCUCCAGUGACCGUGAAAAGGUCCCCUGGGGCACAAGUCUAAUUUGGCACCCCUACCUUUCUCCUGCAGCUUUUCUGUCUAUGUAGCUAACCAGGUGGGCCAAUGAUGGCAAAGGUAAAAAAGAAUCAACAGCUUCAAACGUAGAACUUGCUCAAGCUCAACGCAUUUUUGGUGUGAAGUUUUUCCCUUAUCAUUUAUCAAAAAACGGGUAAUAAGUAUAUGAUAUGGUCUUCAUACGGACACCUCUUUCCCACAGAGAAUUAGCAGCAAAAAAAGCAGCUUAUGAAGGCUUGAAUAUUAGCUAGGAUGAUGUGGCAUAGAUAGGAUAAUGAUUAUGAAUGUUUCUGGUAAAGGUAGUGGUAGUAGAGUGAAUAAUCAGUUUAUAUAUAGAUUAAAAGACAUUUCGUUCCAAUGCCAGAAUUUUAAAUCAUCCCAAAUAAUUCUUGCGUUUGAUAGUCUAUGCGCAUUGAGUGACAGUGCUUCUUGAUGCUUGCUUCUUGCUGACAUCAUUUGUAUGCUGCAUAAUUCACCUGUAUAAAUUCCCUAUUUCUCCCGUUCAAGCAACUUUACAUUCAUCAUAACAUACCUUGUAGAUGAGUUCCAGAAACUUGCUGAUGAGAUUAGGGGGCGGCGUGCACCCCAGGCUUAGAUAUGCAUUCAAGAGCCUCAUAUCUUGCAAAUGUUAGAAAUACUCCUGCUAAGCAAGUUCUUGGUGUCAUACAAGGUUAUUUGCGAAUACGAAUUUGCCUAAAUUUAGAAAACAGUCAAUCUAAAGCAUGUCAAGCAAUAUCGCUGACAGUACACACACAUUCCAACGGAACUAAAUACAAAUAAAUAUAGCACCAAAUGCAGAAUCAUUAGCAUGAUGCCAUUCUUUCAGUGGAAUAAAAUCUGUCCUGCGUUGUAAAUCUGGAAUCCUUUAUAAUCCAGACUACUAAAUGCCUCAUGAGGGUUGUGACGUAAAAUAUGCGUGUAUUUAUUUCUCGUUUUUUUUACUUUAAGACCCGAUAAUGCUUAAACAGCAGUGAAAGUACUGAGAUCACGGUACUUAAUACUUUAUAUUGCUCCAGAAAUCCGUUUUUCUGCCGAUCGCAGCAUUUGACACUAACAAUUUUUGACAGAAAAUGUGAGACA